AUGGCUGCACCGCCUGGCUCGGGAGUUCCUAGAAACGAGUGGAGUCGUACAUAUGAAGAGUUUGGCCUCUUUUUGAAAGGUGUUCGGCACUAUGCUAUUGACUGGCGGUGCUGGCUUGUGGGAACUGUGAACGGAGACAGCCUAUGGAUGUCACUUCUGUGCAUCGCCUCCAAUGAAGACUUGACCAUCGUUAUUGAUCCCUCAAUCAUGAAGCCGAACUCAAAGACCACGGUUUUGCGUACGCCUGUGAUGAAGCAGAUUACUCCAGGCACUACACGUGCAGAAACAGUUGACACAAUACUCCGGCACAUCAAACACAACCAGGACUACUCAAUAGGCGCCAACAUAUCGGAUGCAUUGGAGACACAGAUUUUCAAGCAAGGUUGGAAAGCAAGUGAGGAGCCAUAUAUGGAAUACAUGCCUAAUCUCAAAGCUCUAGCAGUGAUCUGGCCGCCAUCCGACCAGGAAGAUGAUGAAAACGGGACGAAUGACGAGACUUACCUGGAGAAAGUGAGGAGCCAAUGUCGGUACCAUACGCUGAAGUUUACUCUUGAAAGCAUGAGUUUUGAACAAGAAGAUUUGAGAAAGCAGAUGAAGGAUGAUGGGACUGAUUUCCCCGACUUUUCCAUUUCCACGUGCGGGGGAUUUCGCUAUGGUUAG